ACAAAAGAUAGAAAAAUAAAAUAGGCAAAUCUAAAUAUUUUCUUGUACCCGUUGUUAUUUUUCAGCAACUACCAUUCAACUCAAGGCUGGUGAACGAAGAAUGGCAGAUAUGGGGGCAAAGAUUGUGCCUGGUUUUUGCACAAGUUUGUUGCCAUUUAUGUAAUUGUGCCGGAUUUUUGUCGCCGAGUGUAUAAUUUUUUCCGCAAUUUUGGACCCACCUGGUUGAAUUUGGGGAAUUUUUGAUGCUGGAUCGGCAGAGUUCCGAGCAUUCAAGGGUUUUGAAAAGUAAACGGGUUUUUGAGAGAUAGGCUGUUCAUUUGACUGUUUAAAACCAGUUAAUUUGUCUGUUAAAGUCGCCGGGCCGGCUCAUUCAUCGUAGAUUUGUGCUGAUUUGGUGAAAAAGUUCAGGUGUUGAUCAAAUGUGAAAAUUGUGUAGUAGUGCAGAAUUUUAUAGAGAUUGGAACUCAUGGAAUCAGUUUCCGCUCCGGGAAAUAGCGAAGAAGAGAAUAAAUCUACUCCGGUGGAUCCUGUGGAAAUUGAUGUCGCAAUAGAAAAUGAUGAUAAUAAUAAUGAUGUCGGAUUGGUGGAAGAGGCUUUAGAAGUAUUGAGGUUAGAGGAGAAUAGCUUUGUGCAGGAACAGGGGAGCAACGAAGACCUUGGGAAAAAUGAACCUGAUAUUAAUAAUGGAGAUGAUUUGAUUCGAGCCGUGGACGUUGAUGAUGAUGGCGAUGGUAAAAUUUAUAAUAAGAAUGCGGACUGUAGCUUAGAGGUUGAGGAACCCUAUCCCAGCCAGGAAUUCGCAGAAUUAAGUUCGCAGAAAGAGGUUUCUGAGGAGAAAGAUGGGAAAGACGAGGAAGUUUUAGAACCGGAAAAGGGCAGCGUUGAUGAAGGUGCAGAAGUUAAGGAAUUUUCAGAAUUACCGGAGCGAUUGGAGGAAGAGAUCUCGGAACAGGAGGAUAAUGAAAUUGAAGCUGCGAGUAGCCCGAGCAGUAGUGGAUAUGCAGGUGGAAGAGGUAGUAGCAGUCCUGCCAGUGUUGGUAGUGGCAGUGGAACGGACGAAAUCAAGUUAGGUGGGGAAACAGGGUUUUAUGAUAAUGGAAAUGGCGCACGUCCAAUGAAGGCAGCUUCGAAGCGGAACAUUAAUGAGGACGAAUCCUCAAUUUCAUGGAGGAAGAGAAAGAAGCACUUCUUCAUACUUAGUAAUUCUGGCAAGCCAAUUUACUCUAGAUAUGGUGAUGAGUACAAGUUGGCUGGUUUUUCAGCAACUCUGCAAGCAAUUAUCUCUUUCGUUGAGAAUGGUGGAGAUCAUAUCAGAUUAGUAUGUGCGGGUAACUAUCAGAUUAUUUUUCUUGUUAAGGGUCCAAUUUAUUUGGUCUGUAUAAGCUGUACAGAAGAACCGUUUCGAGCUUUGAAGGGGCAGUUAGAACUUCUUUAUGGCCAGAUGUUGCUAAUUUUGACAAAGUCAAUAGACAAAUGCUUUGAAAAAAACUCCAAGUUUGACCUGACACCCUUACUUGGAGGCACAGAUGCUGUCUUCGCAUCUCUUGUACAUGCAUUCAGUUGUAAUCCUGCAACAUACUUGCAUGCGUAUAUGUGCCUUCCUCUACCUUACUCGACCAGACAAGCUGCAGGCGCUAUUCUCCAAGAUGUUGCAGAUUCUGGUGUCUUAUUUGCCGUUCUCAUGUGUGGUCAUAAGGUUAUUAGCCUUGUUGGAGCACAAAAGGCAGUCCUUCAUCCAGAUGACAUGCUAUUACUUUCAAAUUUUGUGUCCUCUUCAGAAUCUUUUAGAACAACUGAAUCAUUCUCUCCAAUUUGCCUGCCAAAAUACAAUGCAAUGGCAUUCCUUUAUGCUUAUGUGCAAUACCUUGAAGUAGAUACAUACCUGGUGUUGCUUACCACUAGUUCUGAUGCUUUUUUCCAUCUCAAAGAGUGCCGGAUACGCAUUGAGAAUGUUCUGGUCAAAUCACAAGUUCUAAGUGAGAUUCAAAGGUCUGUGCUAGAUGGUGGUCUGCAUGUGGAAGACCUACCCGGUGAGAACACAGUGCCUAUGAGAUCAACGUCCUCCCGUGCUGAACAGGAUAUGGUUGGAUCUUCUACAGGAAUUGAGAGAAGAAACAUUGGAAUUGGAGGUCCAGCUGGGUUAUGGCAUUUUAUGUACCGUAGUAAUUAUCUGGAUCAGUAUGUAGCUUCAGAAUAUCCACCACCCUUAAAUAACCGUAAUGCACAGAAGAGGUUAUUCAGAGCUUAUCAAAAUUUGUAUGCCUCAAUGCAUGAUAGGGAUAUAGGACCUCAUAAGAUGCAGUACAGGAAAGAUGAAAACUAUGUUCUAUUAUGCUGGAUUACUCAGGAUUUUGAGCUUUAUGCAGCUUUUGAUCCACUGGCUGAAAAGAGCUCAGCAAUAACUGUUUGCAAUCGUGUCUGCCAAUGGUUGCGAGACGUUGAAAGUGAGAUAUUUUUACUAGGAGCAGGCUCAUUUUCCUGGUGAUUCUUGUUAGUUUACACCUAAAGUUGUAAUCUUGAUUAUAUCCAAAAACAAUUUAUUUUUUCUCAUCUGGGCUGACAAAUCAAGCUGAUUGUAUAUUGGAGCAUAAAUAGCUUCCCUCUGAACUUGUAAUAUAAUAUUUCUCAGGAAUUUUUUUUGCUAAUAAAAUAUCUGAGAGUUUUUCGAAAAGAA